CUUGAGUCAUUUACCAUUUUUCAACAAUCAAAAUUUAUCUAUUCACGAAAAUAAAAUGUUUCCCGUCAAAUUCCUGGGAUUUUUUGUUCUCACUUUUUCCUCCGUCCUCCUCCUCUGCGACGCUCUUAAAGAAAUGGAGCUCAUGGCCCCGUACAAAAUCAAAAAUAUCGCCAGCAAUCAAUACUUGACGACACAAGAGCAAGGCAUCCUCGGCCUUCGGACGGGAAUUGUCAUCACGGCGCCAGAUUUUGGAAAGCUGGCUCCCGAUCAGACCUGGACCUUGGCGUGGGACCCUUCGAUGGACAGUCAGCAUGACGGAUAUCGAAUCGAAUCCAGCCACGAAUAUUUGAAUGACGUGACGACCUACUACCCCGACGGGAAGACGCGAGCCAUGCCAAACAUUUGGGAGAUCAUCGAGCUGCCCAACACCAUGCGAGUCUUCCGGAACAAAAGGAACCAAAAGUGCUUGACCACAAUAAAGUCGAAGGUGGAAGUUGUCGAGCGGACGUGCUCUUUCAAAUCGCGCUAUCAACAAUGGAGGCUCGAAAGGUUAGAUUUGGACAAAAGGCUGCGUUCCUCUCUUCACGAACUUAAUCAUCAUCAUCCCGACGACCAUUAUGACGAGGAGGUCGAUUAUUAGGAUAACCAUGCACGAAUGUAUUAUUUAUUAUUUUUAUUAUCAUCCAACCACCAGACCACUAAUAAACUUACGUAAUCUUAUCCUAAA